CGAAAGUCAGAGUUGGGGGUCAAUGGGGGUCGGGGAUGGGGGCGAGGGCCGAGGCGGGGUCUGGGAUGAGGGGCGGGGUGCGAGGGCUGGGGUCAGGCGGGCAAAGGUCAGACCUGGGGUCGAGGGCCAGGGCCCGUGGCAGGGGUCGGAGGUGUCCGGGAGGAGCGGGGGUCCUGAGGCGAGGAGUGGGGUCCGGCGAGAACGCGGGUGCCGGUCCCGACUGCGGGAUCGAGGGCCGGGGUCGCGGCGGCGGCUGAGGAGGGUGAGGGUUUUGGGUGGGGGGCGUCAGGCCGUCGGGAUUCCGCAGAGCUCCGGGGACGCAUCGCAGCCGCGGCCGCCGCGGCCCUUUGCAGCUUUGCGGCGGGCCCUCGACAGGGCGGCCGCACUCGCGAGCAGCGGGCGCCCACCUUCUCUCCGGCCUCGUCCCCGCGGCCACUCCGCGCCCAACUCGACAGCCUCUGCCCUACGGCGCAGUGGGCCUGUCGCGGCGACCGGUUCCCUGCGCAAGGCGGGACAGGUCGCCGGCGCCUCCGGCCUUCAGCGUAGGGCGGGCACCGCGGCUUCAGGCUUCCCGGCUCCGGCAGCUCGAUCCCAGGGCCCCUGGAAGCACCUCCUGCCCCUUCAGCAAAGAUCUAUCAUCAAUUUUUUCCCAACGGCCUACUCAAACUGUAAAUUUCCAUUCAACUCAAUCUCGUCAGUAGCCUCUGCACCCAACAUGGAACUGGAACUCACAACCCCAAGAUCGAGAGUCACAUGCUGUUUGGACUCAGCCAGCCAGGGACAGAUGUACUCGGAAUAAACUGCUUAUUCAGAAUUUUAGGCUGAACUAACAAAGGAUUUCUUCAACCUAUCAAUGUAUGGGAAACAUAAGAAUAUUAAAGUAUGUACUGCUAAGUUUCUGGAGUAUUGACAAAUAUGAACAGAAGAAGUGCCAUGGAAAUAGUGUGAAAAAUAAACAGAAGUGAGGCACCAGGGUGGCUCUGUCAGUUGAGCAUCUGUCUUCAGCUCAGGUUAUGAUCCCAGGAUCCUGGGAUUGAGCCCUGUGUCAGACUCCAUGCUCAGCAGGAACCUGCUUCUCCCUCUCCUCCCCACUCUUGCUCUCUCUUGCUAUCUCUCUCUCAAAUAAAUAAAUAAAAUCUUAUUAAAUAAAUAAAUAAAUAGAAGUAUAAGAGUAUAUGGCAGUGGAAAAAUAUACUUGAA